CGCCAGGGAAAAUCACACCUUUUAUAGUUCAGCCACUAGCGCGGCCGGCGGAAUUCAACGCGCUAGAACGUCGCCCGCUCAGAAUACAGCAUCUCCUAUUUUUCACCGGCCGCGCUCGAGCAGUCAGACCAGAAUGCACCGCGCUUUAUCAAAAUGGCGGACUACAGUUCGGGCACGGAAGUGACAGUUGAGCGGCUUGGGCCAUCAGAUAUUGUGGUAGAGCGUCUACUGGAGGGUGUACGACAACAUCCAUGUGUGUUUGACACGAAGAGAAUGGACUAUAGGGAUUCACAAAGAAAGAGAAACGCCUGGGAAAUAAUAAGACAACAAUGUGGCCUCGCCACAGUUGAAGAAUGUCAUAAGCUGUGGAAGCGCCUAAGAGAUCGGUACUCCAGAGAGAUCAAGGCAAUGGAGGUGAUGAAACGAAGUGGAAAUGCGUUUGUUUCCAGGCGUGCCUGGGAAUUUUUCGAGGCUAUGGCCUUUUAUAAAGACUGUGGACGUCCGAGAAAGACAACAUGCAAUCUGGAUGGCUCAUCUACACUCGAAGAGAAUCCUGGAAACGACGAUUCCAGCGGCACUGCAGAAAGCAUUUUCGAGUCUAUGGUGUCGAGAUCAUCAACAUCAUCCUGCACAACGUCUACCCAGGGGGAUUCCCUUAUACCAGCCGUCACGAUGGCAACGGACAGAGGAGAACAGACACCGGUCCAGUCAGGUCAGCUGCCAGAAAACAGAGUGAACAAGCGAAAAAAAUCAGACACUUUUGAACAAGACCUGCUGAAACACCUAGACAAAAGGAUGUCGGAGAAUGAUGCAUUCGCCCUAUCUGUAGGGAUGACCUUGGACAGGCUGUCGAAGCCAACCGCGGCAGAAUGCAAAGCAAAAAUGAUGUUGCUACUUUCGGAGUAUGACCUAUAGUGUUCUUGUUAAAUGAAUUAUUUUUGACUACCUGUUUUUGUAGAAAUGACAACAAGGCUUGUAGUUUUUUUAUAAC